AUGGUAACCAAGUCCACCCGGAGCUCGUCGCCGGCUUCCUUUUACGCCGACUCGGAGACGCAACGGUCGGCGACAGCCAGCAGUCCUGCCACUCCCUGUCCGUACAUCGAGGCGCGACAGCUGCCUCGCGAGCUCAAGGACCAUUGCCAGAUUUUUCUCGAAGAGGCGCCCCUACGGCAAGAGGCGUCCGUGAUCUCGUCGGUGCCGCUUACGCCGUCAGUCACACGCGUGCAUAAGAAAGCAUGCAGGGCUGGGAAUACCCUCGCUCUCAACGGCAUUACUGCUACGGCGGAGAUGAAACUUAUUAAGGACAAGCAGCUACGACGCUCGGCCCUUAAGGAAGGGACGCAGACUAUAGGGAAAUAUAGACCAUUGACGGUCGAUAACGCAAGAAUCCGUGUCGCCAAAGACGAAUACUAUAGGCGGGCAGCUCAGGAAGAUAAGGAGCGCCGUAUUAAGAAGAAAGAGGCACGCGAGGAAGCAGAUUUCCUACGCCGCUGGCUCCGCGACGUUAGAAGCACAGUUCGAAGCAGCAUCACGAAAACAGAGCCCGAUCAGCAGAAGGCUCAAGGGUGGCGGCACAAAGGUGACCGCCGCGCUCAUCUCAACUAUACGGAGUGGCUUGCUCAUAGAUAUCACGCCUUCCGUAUUCUCUGCUCCCGCGGCAAGGUUCAGAAUAGCUUCACUUGGCCCUAG